AGGCAGACAGAAGCCAUGCUUUGAGGUGACAAGAACACCCAACAGACUCAACUCAUGCAUGAGGGGAGGGGGUGGAGGACAACAAAAUCAUCAACAUGAGCGAGGUCUGAGCGGGUCAGAUGCCAUCCCAUGGAUAGGCAGGUCAUGACGGACGUGGGGCAUGAAAGUCUUUCUGCCGAUCAACCAGUCCCCUCAUUCCCGGCUGAGCUGCCGAAGCCACCUGUGCCGAUGGCGGUGGAAGCUGAGAGGGAUGUGGUUGAGAGCAUGGAGCAGCUCUGGAGGAGGUCGAGGAUGGUUCGCAACGAGUCGGUCAGCAUCGCCCUUGACCAAGUUCUGAGCUCCCUCGCGCUCCUUCGCUCGGACUCCUUGACCUUGCACACUGACGAGCUUCAAGAGCCAGACCUCACCCGCCAUGUCAGCGAUGCCUCGCCCCUACUACCUGCAGACGGCAGGGAUGGCAGAUCUCGACGACGACGGCGAGGAGCUCCGGGAGGGAACCCGGGCGUCAGCGCGCUUUUGGGGUCCUGGCAGUGUCAGAUUCUCCGACCCAACCGCCCGCAGCACGAGGCGUCGGUAGCCGUGGGGAAGGAGUCACUCACGCUCAAGUGGAACCACGUGGAGGCGUUCAUCGGCAAGGACCCGCUGGGGGAAGCGUUCCUCGGGAAGGAGAGCAUCGCAUCGGUCAACGUCAUUGCCUGUGACUUCGCCUCCAAGGAAGGAGACUGCCUGGACCUCCAUGUCCUCACCACGCCCUUCCCCUGCUCCCCCGACGGUGAGAGCUUCUACCGCCGCUACAAGCUCUUCGAGUUUCGCUCCUCCCAUCACUCUCGACGUCGAGCGGCACAGGAGUGUAGAGAUGCGAUUAGGAGGAUGGCAGAGGCCUCGCCCCUCCUCUCCGGGCGAUCGCGCGUUCACAUCAUCGUCAACCCAGUCUCGGGGCACAGGCAAGGCAAAGCGUACUGGGAGAGGGUGGAGGAGAUCUUCGCGUGCACAGAGCUGGACUACUCGGUGACUCUGACGGAGCGAGCAAGGCACGCGUACGACCUCGUGGGACCUCACGGCUCCCUCGACCUCUCCGUCCUCGACGUCAUCGUCUGCAUCGGAGGUGACGGGACCAUCUCUGAGGUCGUCAACGGCAUCAUGAGCCGGCCGGAUCGCGACGAGCUGAUGCGCAGGCUUGUGCUGGGCACCAUCCCCGCCGGCUCUGAGUGCGCCCUCGCCAAGAUGAUGAGCUUCGUGACCCCCCUGGCGGCGACCUGGACCAUCCUCAAGGGCCAUCGCGUGCGGCCCGUCGACCUCAUCCGCAUCUCGCAGAGCCGCCGCGAGCUCUUCUCCCUCUGCGGCGUCGGCUGGGGCCUGGGUGGCAAACUUGCCGAGGACUCAGAGGCUCUGAGGGCCACGUACGGACCUGCUCGAUAUCUCGUUAGCGGCCUUAAGGCACCAGAGCUUCAUGAACCUCAAGGGCUGUAA